GUCAGAAGAGUCCGCUGUUUUUCUUGUUUAGUUUAGGAAAAAUACUCUCCCUCUCGCCUGUUUGGUUAUUUUUACGUUAUUAUAUUAUUAAUCACUCGUUUAUAGAAAAUUAUGUAAACAUGUAAUUAACAUUACGGUGCAGACUUCCAAUCUUGUAUUGUCUCUUGCUAACCACAUUAGCAGGCUAAUCUGUGUUUACAGUCGAUGCGUUUACCAGCCGGGUCAGAUCAACCCGAUACUGAAUAUUUCAUUGUAUUUUAGCCGACUCUGUAUUAAACAUCAUAUUUAUAGACAUGUCGUGCACAUUAGAGAAGGUGCUGAGCGAUGCUCGGACUUUACUGGAAAGAUUAAAGGAACAUGAUGUUGCAGCAGAAAGUCUGAUAGAACAGUCCAGUGCUCUCAGUCACAGAGUUCACAGCAUGAAGGAGGUCGGGAAUGCUCUGCCUGAUAAGUAUAUAGAGGCAAGUUUGGAAAAUCAGGAGCUGUCCAAAUCCAAACCUCACAUUCUGCUGACCCAGGAGAACACCCAGAUCAAGGAACUUCAGAAAGAAAACAAGGAACUUUGGCUUUCUUUGGAAGAGCACCAGUAUGCUCUGGAGUUGAUCAUGGGUCGAUACCGCAAACAAAUGCUUCAGCUGAUGAUGGGAAAGAAGGAGCUGGACACCAAGCCUAUGCUUAAUCUUCAUGAGGACCAUGCAAAGGAGGUGCAAAGCCAGCUAGAGCGGAUUUGUGAGAUGGGCCAGGUGAUGCGAAGAGCAGUACAGGUGGAUGACCAGCACUACUGCUCUGUAAAAGAGCGUCUGGCACAACUAGAGACUGAAAACAAGGAGCUGCGAGACCUCUUGGCCAUCAGCAAGAACAUGUUGAAACCACAGCGAGAAGAACCCACUCAACCAGACACAGAGUCUCAACCUAAACUUAUUGACAAGAACUGAUACAUGAAACAUUGUUUUGAUUUAUAGCUAUGGUUCAAACAAGGUUUUCAUUGAGACAUCUCAGGUCACUGCUAGCUUAUCUCUGUGUUAUUGCUUGUGUAUGGUGUGUAUUCGGGCUCAGUGUAAGCUUCUCCUUGUUUACCUUGCAGUACUCACCUGGAUUACAACCAUAAAGAUAGUUUUUUUCCCACUGUUUUCAGGAAAGUCAUACAAACAUAUUAGAUGCCAAAUAUAUUAUUUUAAUCUAUUAAUAAAAUAUCUUGAAAUAUUAAAAAUACAUUUGCAGUUUAUUUUCAUACAGAACCUUGCAGACAUUUUACAGACACUGAUACAAAUUAUAUACUUAUUUGACAGUUUAUUAGGUACACCUACCAUGUAAUGUUCCCUCCUGGCUCUUUCAUCAGGCAUGUACACCCACACAUGGCAAACAAAUGUCAUUUACUUUGCAUUUAAAGACUGUACAUUUUACAUGUGUAGUUUCUGUUAAUUAUCUUCAAGAUUAUGUUAGUGCUGCAUUACUAACCAUGGGAUUCUGUUGGCUGUAUAUAUUUAUAUUUUAAUAUAAAUGUAUGUGUUUAAAAAUCUCAACAACACUUGUACAUAGCACACAAAAACAUCUCACUAUUGUUCUGGAAAAAGUCCAUCAAUCAUUUAGUCAUUGGUGGUGGUCCCUUUCUAUUAUUUCAUGACAUAGGAGGGGGCUGAGAACUUGUAUAUUGCUGAUGGGCUACAGUCAGUAACUGUAUUUUCUACAAAUUGCACCUGUAAAUGUGUAUGUGUAUUUUAAUGGAAACUGAGGUGGCCAUCCUAAGUUAAAAAAAAUAGUAAUAAUAUUUUAAAGAUGUAGAAUUCAUGUCAGAAUUUAAUUUGGCAUCUGUGUCAGUAUGUGGAUUGGCUUAGUGAAAGAUGCGAGUGAAUAUGUGAGUGUGAUUUCCUGUGUGAGGUCCUGUCCAAGAUUGUGUUUUGCUUUGCACCCAGUGUUCCAGUGUUCAAGUCUCUGAUUAGAAAGAAAUGUUUGCUAAAAAUAAAUAAAAACAUUAUGAAGUUGUUUUCAAAUA